AUGACACAAUAUUAAUAUUAUAUUUUAUAUUAUUGUAUUAAAUAAUAUUAUAGGUACCUAAUAAGUUAAUUUAAUACUAAUAAAUAUUGUAUCUGGUACUGAUCUAAUCACGAAAACCCGAAACCGGGAAACGGAACGUUAAACAACAACAAAGACGCUGAUCAGCUGAUUGUGUUAACGUUUACCCACGAAUAAAGAUAUACUUAAUUCGUAUAUCUUAAUUCGUGCCAUUCGUGGGUUAAACCUUAACGGCUUAUUGCUCAACGUGUUUUUAACUCGCUUCGAUAAUCGACGCCAGUGAAUCACGGUUCAAUCACAGAUUAUAUGAUCAUAUAAUCUGUUGUUCAAUAUUAUCACGUACCUACUCUAUAAAUUGUUAUUCGUGUACUCACAUUGUUAAUUGUUAUAAUAGUGCGUACUGAUGUCGGUAAUUUGGAAUUCAAUGCAUUUAAUUUUAAUAUAAUCGUUUGAUUGACAUUUACUUUUGUUUACAAUAUUCAAUAUGACGUGGUCGGUUAUUCACUUCUUUAAAGAUAAUGGAGUAGAGGUAGUACCUAGCACAUGGUUUAAAGAUGAUACAUGUGCUUGGCCUAAGACCCAUGUGAAACGUUUUAUUAAAAACCAAUGUAUACCAAAUACUAGAGAGUUCGAGUGGUUCAAAGCUAGGGCAUUGUCUACAAAUAUUGAAUUGUUUCUUGUUGCUCGAACAAAUUGCAAAAAAGCAUUGAUCACUUCGGAUUUAUCAUCUACUGAAGAUGACAAUUAUUCUAAAAUAAAAAAAAGGGAAAUAAAAUAAAAAAUACAAAUAAUGGAAAAAAUCAAAAUCUGGUAAUAAUUGCAAUAAUAACAAAAAAACGGGAUAUGGCGCUGACAAAUCAGACAUUGAAACUGAUAGCGAUGGCAAUAAUUAUGAAUUACCAGCUUAUGAUUCUGGUGAUAAUAAUUCCAGUACAAAUAACAUUAAUUCUCUGUCUAAGAAAUCUUGUGUUGAUGAUAUGCUCAUUACUCCAUCGAAAAAUAUAUGAACAUUCGUCAAAUCACCAUCAAAAAUUCCAGUUUUUGAAUCUAUUGAUGAUAAUUGCUGCAUGGUGAAAAAUGUGUCACCUUAUAGAAGAAAUAAACAUUUUGUACUUUCUCCUAAUAAUUUGGCAAGAGCAGAAAAAAACAAAAAGAGAAAUUUAUCUGAAUCUCCUAGAAAAGUAUAUCCAUCUCCUGAAACUUUUCAAUCAUCUCUUUCACAAGAAUUAUCUCCUACUACUGUUCUGAAGUAUUCACCAUUAAAAACAUAUGCACAAGCAUCUGCGGUAUCCAAGCAAUUAUUUAGACCAGAUAACUUAAGCCAACCAUUGACUACUUUAUUAGAAAAUAAACAAAAAACGCCUCCAAAACCAAAUAAAUUAAAAAAUUCUUCAUAUCAAUUUAAGAAACUCAUUUUACACAAUCUUUUAGUAUUGAAACACAGCAUUAGAAACAUCAAUAAAAAAUUGACAUUGGUUGUCAAAAGACAGAUUUCACACAAUUAUAAUGUUGAAGAAUCUAAUGAUCUUACAUUAGAAUAUUCUAAUUUGGACUGCUUAUUACCAAUUGAUGAAGAAGAUACAUUAGACAAUAUAGAAGAACAGUUAGCUACUGAUAAGAAAUACCAUGCAUCAUUGACUAAACAGUUAGCUGGACUUGGCGGAAAAAGUAUCAAAGUCAUGUUCAAAAGAAUCAUAGGAUAUUUGUUCACUGACAACAUCUUAGCCUUAUAUUCUUUUAAUGGCAGAGCAAAUAAAAAAAAAUGUUUUGCAAAUCUAUCAAUUUCAAAAGUUAUAUUCAGUAUCCUAGCUGGGCCCUAUCUAGUUGAUGUUAUGAACUGUGAAUUAUUGCUUGUCAAUGGAUGGUUUUAUAGAAUGACACACAGAGUAUAAAAUCACGAUAAUUAUUAUAUGAUAAAAACAAAAUAAAUCAAACAUUUAAUAAUUUUAAUAUAUUUUUCUUAAUUAAUUAUAUAACAUACAUUUUAUCUAUGUCAU